UGUAUUUGUAGGGUCCGACGCUUCCCCGAGUUACCAUCUCUGGGGUGGAGUUGGACGUUGUCCUUCGGGCGCCCAGCGCUGCCAGGAGACUCGCAGGAUCAUUUCUCACCGUCCGCUAUGCCUCAGGAAGUAGCUGCCUCUAAUUUGCACCUCCAACCCGGAGUGACCAUAAAAGUAGUCGGAGAAAUACCGAGUGACGCCAAGGAAUUAAAAUUGAACCUGGGAAAGGACCACAUUAACCUGGGCCUGCACAUGCAUGUACGAUUCAACUAUGGUGAUGACAACGAAGAAGUCAUCUACAGCACAAGGCUGGAAGGCUUUUUCGGCAAUGAACAAAAAGAGACUCACUUCCCCUUUGUGACAGGGAGCAGAGUGGAAGUUUCUAUCACCUUUGAUGGGAGGCACUUUACCAUGAGGCUGCCUGAUGGCUUUCAGUCAAAUUUUCCCAAUUUCUUUAACUUAAAUGAAAUCAACUUCUUUGAAGUUCUUGGUGACUUCAAGAUGCCUGGGGAGCCAACUCUCACCCGACGGGACUAUGCCCUUCCCUCCACAUGGUCUCCAGCCCCUUCCCGAGAAUAUCUGAUUCUUUUUCAUUCUAAAGGUAGUUUCCCACUGGCUCCCACAAUCUCUCGACCACUCGCCCCAAUCCCAUCCCCCAAAGGACAGUUUUGA